UUAAGGCUUUAUCUUAACGCUGCCAUGUAAAGGCACCUUUAGAGUUUGGGAGCGUUUACAUUGGCCAUCCAUCCGCUUGCUUAGAACAAAACAUUUUCUUCUGUUUCUCUUUACUCUUUGGCUUCACCUUUCUGAUUCCAUCACGUCUUGAUUCCACGUAACUCACGUCCGGAAGAUAACAGGGGAUCAAUUGUGGAUUUUGAAAGGAGGUGGAAAUUACAAAAGCGAGCAAAGAUUACUUACUAGGUAUUGACCAAUCAAAUUAUGAAUACUCUAGUGAAUUUGCUCACUUUUAUAAUUUUCAUCUCAUUUGAAGAUACACAGGGUGCUUUCCAUUUGAUGACACAAGUCGACAUAAGUAUUGUUCUAUCUUUGUCACUUUCUGAAUGCCAACAAGGAUAGAACGAUGCUUGUGUCGACUUGUGUCAUCAAAUGGAAAACACCUACAAUCGAUUCCCAGAACUAUAUUGAUCAAACAUCGAAUCGCAUGAUUCAAGUUAUUCCCAUUUAUACUCAUUUAAAGACAUAUGAUCUGAAACCUGUAUGCCUACCAGAGCCACCAUCAAUUUUAUCAUUGCAAUUUUUGGAAGGUACCAUACUCAGUAAGUCUUCGAAAGAAAUAUUGACAGCACGAUUAAGUGAGGAAGACGAUAUAUUGGCUUUGUGCAGCACUCGAAAAUAAAAAUUAGUAUAAAAAUUAAUAAAGUAUAAAAAUUACGAAUGCUAAAGAAUAGAAAUGUAGGCUUAAGUAUCAGUAUAAGCGAAAAAUAUAUUCCGAUAUAAAGAAAUACA